AUGACUCACCCCUUAUUACCGUACUCCCUGUCUCCGUUCUUUCUCCCCUCCCAGCUCGACUUCAAGGCAGCGCUUACGAUUUGGCACGUAGACAAGAUGGACUUCAUGCUGGACUUCAAGGCAGCGUUUACAAUCUGGCGUGUAGACAAACUAGACUUCAUGGUCAUGCUCGGCUGCUUCCUCAGGAUCAUCUUCGGCUCACCCGAGAUCGGCCUGCUCGUCGCCUCCGUGCUCUCUGUCCUCAAGCUGCUCCUCCGCAUCAUCCGCCCGCACAUCCGCCUGUUCGGUCUGCUGCCGGGCGGCGCCGCUACAGCCGUGAGCGUGCUACAGUUCCCCAACAGCACGCUGUGCGAGGGCAUCGUGAUGCUGAGGAUUGAGAGCCCGCUCUACUUCCCGGCCGCGAAUUUCUGCCGGCAGCGCAUCAAGAAGCUGUGUGACGCGUAUGCGAGGGGCUACCAGCAACCCGUGCGGCACUUCAUCCUGGAUCUGAGUGUCAUGCACGACAUUGAUGUAUCAGGGAUUGAUGGGCUGAAGGAGCUGCACCGAGACCUUGCAUCAAGGGAUGUGUUGCGCAAGCUGUGGGACGCCAAAUUUCUAGCCGAGAUGGGCGAGCAGUGGCUCUUUGUCACCCACCGCAAUCCCUUCCCACCACUUCUCAUCCAUUUCAACCCAACCCCCACCCCCUCCCUUCGUCCCUCCUCCAGCUCUGCCUAUCCACUCUGCCUAUCCAGUGCAUCAAGGGACGUGCUGCGCAAGCUGUGGGAUGCCAACUUUCUAGCCGAGAUGGGCAAGCAGUGGCUCUUUGUGAACCCCUUGAAACCCCUCCCACCCCUUUCAACCCCUCUGCAGCUCUGCCUAUCCGGUGCAUCAAGGGACGUCCUCCGCAAGCUGUGGGACGCCAACUUUCUAGCCGAGAUGGGCGAGCGGUGGCUAUUCGUCACUCCCGCCGAUGCUGUCAAGCUCUGUCGCUCCGUGGCUGUGGCUGCCCCUGCUGUGAAAGAGCAAGACGAGCUGCUGGCAUCGGUGCAGGUGUAUGACAUCUAA